AUGUGUCAAAUCUUCCAGUGGAAAGAUAGUUCAUUCGGAGGCGGUUGCUUCAAGAGAUCGUCUGUCGCACUCAUCGUUGUCAUUAGUGCAAGGUUUAAGUUCAAGGAUUGUUCAGCGUUUGUUUUUGAGGUGAGGUUGCGUGGGCGCCUUCCCGCCCGCCGCCGCCCAACGCCGCCCAGCGCUCAGUUAGAGCCACGAUCCGUCACCGCUCGCACGACCGCACGCCGCACAAGCGCAACGAACGACUCCAAAAUGUCGACGGGACCGAAGUUAGUCCACAAGCAGUUCAACUCGCCCAUGGGGCUUUACUCGCAACAGAAUAUCCAGGAGACACUCAACAAGCACCUGCAUAAUCUCGACAAUGGGGGUGUGGGAAUUGACUUCCAAAAUCCAUCAACAGACAAGCCAGCUAACCUUGCAAACUCAGCUGUCCUUAGAAUGCUAGAGGAGGAGGAAAGAAAUAGAAAAGGAUAUCCAAGCAAGAAGAAAGUGGUGUGGCCACCAACGCCUGAAACCAACGGUUAUCAUCAACCACAGCAGCAGCAGAGUCCAGGGUUCUACGACAACGCGCAACACUCGCCGUCUCAGCCACAAUACUCUCCCCAGCCUCAGUCCCAGCCACAGUACUCCCCGCAAGCUCAAUCUCAGCCACAGUACUCCCCUCAAGCUCAAUCUCAGCCACAGUAUUCCCCGCAAGCUCAAUACCAAUCCUAUAGCCCCCAAAACCAAUACCAACAGAGUCAACCUGCCUUUAGCGAAGGUCGUCGCCAAGAACCCACGGGACUGAGUAAAUUGAUCCCGGUUGGGCCUGGAGUGACUGCUGCCCCGGUUUCCCCUCCUUAUCGCCCGGUUCCUACUGGUCCAUUGUCCCCAUCUGCACAGCCCUACCGUCAGCAACAAAAUCGUUGGGCGCCCGUACCAGCACCCACGUCACCUCAGCCGAACCCCUACCAACCCCAGUUUUCGCCCCAACCGCAGUACUCGGAGCCUGUGUACCAGCCUCCUCAGAGGCAAUUCGAGCCCCCGCCAGCGACUAUCACUCUUCGUCCACAGCCACCGGUACACCAGUCCCCAUCCCCUGUCUUCCCGAGUCAACCAGCUGCAGCAUCUUUUCAAGGAGGCGUAAACAUGAGAGGCGACAUGAAAUGGCCACCCCAGUCUGUGAAGGAAGCAGUCGCCGCUGAAAAUGAGGCGAGAAGGCAGUUGGCUAAAGGCCCUGCCUGCAGACCGCGCAAGGUUAAAAAGGAUUAUGCGUUGUUCUUCUCUCAACACGCCCUGAAUCACGCCUACACCAGUUACAGGGUCCCACCCGGCACACAGCACUACGACGAUAACUCAGGCAGAUCAUCUUAUUAG